CUAACAGUUCUAUUUGUGUUAAUAAGUUUAAUUAAAAAAUAUGUCAGUAUCAGCUUUUAUAUGCAGAGUUGCUCGCAGUAGAGUUGGUUUCUUUCAACACAAAAAUACAAAAAGCAUUAUUUUUAUUACAACUGAAAUUCAAAAACUACAAAAUUCAAAUAGUAAUUUUGAGUUAUCCAGAAAUAUAUGCAGUUCUGCUUCUCCAUUUUCCCACAAAAGGUUGUUCACAUCAUGCUGGGAAAAUCAAGGAAGGUUAAAUGACAUGUCUAUAAAAAGAAAUUAUGCCACAAUGCCACCUCAUGAAAAAGUAUUGUUGCCCAAUUUAUCUCCAACUAUGACAACAGGAACAAUUGUUUCUUGGGAGAAAAAAGUUGGGGAUAAAAUUAAUGAAGGUGAUGUGCUUGCAUUAAUUGAAACUGAUAAAUCUACUAUGGAAAUGGAGACUCCAGAGCCAGGCUAUCUUGCUAAAAUUAUUGUUCCAGUUGGAACAAGAGAUGUUGCUAUUAAUCAGUUAAUUGCUAUAAUUGUUAGUAAUGAAGAGGACUUGGAUGCAUUUAAAAACUAUACUGGAGAAGAGACCACAAAAACUCUUGAUGCAAAGCUUGAUGCUUCACCUUCAACAGUUGCCAGCCAUUCACCUCCAGUAGUUGAAGAACCUCCACCACCAUCUUCUACAAACCGUGUAUUUGCUAGCCCACUUGCUAAACGUGUUGCCUUGGAAAAAGGAAUUGAUAUAAAUAAUGUUGUUGGAUCAGGCCCUCGAGGAAGAAUUACUGUAGCUGAUAUUGAAAAUUUCAAAACCCCUCUUAUUGCUCCAAAAAUUGAAAAAGUUACAGCUGCUCCAAUUUCUAAACAGCCAUCCCCAGAAUUGCAAAGCACGCCAUCUGUAUUCCAGCCCUCAUUGGUUCAGCCACCAGUGGCUGAAGGUGUAAUGUUUAAAGACAUACCUUUAUCAAAUAUGAGGAAAACAAUAGCCAAGCGGUUAACUGAGUCAAAGCAAACUGUGCCUCACUAUUAUUUAACUUCUGAAAUCAACAUGGAUAAAGUUUUUGAGUUGCGAUCUCAACUCAAUGCUGAAAGCCUUGGAGCUUUUAAACUUUCUAUAAAUGAUUUUGUAAUUAAAGCUGCAGCAUUAUCUCUUCGCAAAGUGCCAGAAUGCAACUCUCAAUGGUUUUCUGAGUACAUUCGUCAAUUCGAAAAUGUGGAUGUGAGUGUUGCAGUUAGUAUCGACGGUGGUCUUAUUACGCCAAUAGUCAAAGAUGCUGAUAAAAAGGGUUUAACGGCUAUCAGUGCUGAUGUUGUUGCAUUGGCAAACAAAGCUCGAGAUAAAACAAUUCAGCCGCAUGAAUUUUUGGGAGGAACAUUUACUGUGUCAAACUUAGGGAUGUAUGGCAUAAGUAAUUUCUCGGCUGUCAUCAACCCUCCGCAGAGUUGCAUUCUAGCAGUUAGUGCAUCGGAAGAUCGUGUUGUUCCAGAUCAAACCAGUGAAACUCGAAUGAAAAUUUCAAAAAUGAUGAGUGUAACGUUAAGCUGCGAUCAUCGUGUUGUCGACGGAGCAGUUGGAGCCGCUUGGUUGAAAACAUUCCGUGGUUAUCUGGAAAAACCAAUUACAAUGCUUUUGUAAAUAACUCUUUUUAGAGUUUAUGUAAUUUAGUAAUAGUAAAUUAAUUAUUUUUUA